AUGUUUUAUUUGUUUGCCUCGUUUGAAUCACCUCGUGACUGUACUCGAAUGUUAAGCAGCCCAAAAUCUCCCGACGGGCAGAACGAAAGGACGAAUGGAGCGGAGGGACGGAACCGCCGCCCUACUUUCCACGCACCCUCAUCGAACCGAACUCACCGUUGGAAAUUUGGGAUGUUAACUUUUGGACAAUCCGGACCCAGGGCUUUAACGCGCGAGCCGGGGAUGAGCACGUCGCGCUAAGACCGUCUUACUCCGCGCCGACCCUGGAUGCGGAUCGGCGGAGGGGGUGGCGGGGCAGUCCGCGCAUCACUUCCGCGCGCACACCGUUCCCUAUGGACGCCUUUCCGCCCGUUCAUCAGCUUCCGCCCGCCUCCGCCGCUGCUGCCGCUUCCGCUUCCGCCUCCGCUUCCGCCUCCUCUUCCGCCUCCGCGCCCUUGAACUUCGCCUCCGCUUCCGCCUCUUCCGCGUCAUGCCCUUCCGUCCCCUCGUUCUCGUCGCUAUCCGCCCUCGUCCCCCUCCGCUUCCCCCCGUCCUUCUCCGCGCUAUCUAUCCGCAAGUCCUCGUUUCUCCCCACGCUCAUUGUAGCGCUCCUCUUAACUCUCGCCGCCUCCCGCUUCGUAUCGCUGCCCUCCGCGUCCCGCGUGCCCUCCUCCCGCGCGGCGCAUAUCGACGCUGAUGCGAGGGCGGAAACCGGCCACGCCGCGGAGGGAGCGGCGGAGCGGUGGGGGCAGGGGGAGCACGGGGAGCCCAGGGCGCAAGGAGCGCAGGGGGAGGGGGUGCAGGGGCUGGGGGCACAUGGGGAAGGUGCGGCUGCUGCAUGGGCGGAUGGUAGAGACGCCUCUAAUGUGUCCGUAGGAUCCUCGGACAAGGGAGGCGAGAAUGGGGGCGAAGUGAAUGAGGGAGGAGGGGAGAGGGCACCAGAGCGAGGGGAGGAGAUAGGGAGUGAAAGCGAUUUGAAUGCGGUCGGCGAGGGAGGUCAGAGGAAAGGGGGUCUUAGUGCAGCUGUUACUGCGGACGGCAGGUGCUUGGUGUGCGAGCGGUUAGCGAGACUGCCUUGUAUCGAGGAUACGCCUCAGGUGACGUGGCUACCAGGUGGCAGCAACGCGGGCGAAGUGGAGGAGGGGAAAGAAGGGGCAGGCAGGGUAGGGGAGGGAGAAGGGGGGGAGAGGCAGUGGGUGUGGAGCGGCAGCGGCAGCGGCAGCAGUAACAGUAACAGCAGUGAUAGUGUUAGCAGCAGCAGCAGCAGCAGCGGGCAGGGAAGGCAGUGCAUAUUCUGCAAGAUGUCAGGCGGCGAUGCAUUGAGGAAGCUAGCAGGAUCAUGGAUAGUGGUGGCAGGGGACUCUGAGGUGCGGCAGCUGCUGGUGGCGCUGCUGCAGCUGCUGCUGCCCUGCAACGACCCGGCAGCCAUGGCUCCUGUGCACCAGUUUGUGUCGCUGAAGCACGCUGAUUUUCACCACUUCAUCCCCUCGCAUGACAUCCGGAUCGACUUCUUCUGGGCGCCCUUUGCUCCGAAUAUCACCGCGGCUAUUGCCUCUCUACCUGCCACCGCUGCUGCUGCUGCUGCUGCUGAUGCGGAUGCUGAUGCUGGUUCUCCUGGUGCUGCUGCUGUUGUUUCUGCGGAUACUGAUGCAGAUGCUGGCGCUGAUUCUGACGACGGUUCUGAUGCUGAUUCUACUGCGGCGACUCAAUGGAACAGUUUGGACCGAGGCAGCAGGAGCAGCAGAGGCAGAAAGGGGAGGAUGGGCCAAGAGGUGGAAGGGCAGCACCGUGGGGAUAGUGAGGGAAUGCCGCCGUAUCAGCAGCACUCGUGGCAGCAGCAGCAGGAACAGAGAAAACAGGAGCAGAGGCAGGAGCAACAGCAACAGCAGCUACAUUCACAGCAGUACCAGCAGCCUCAAACCCCUCACCCAACCUCAUCUCUCUCCCAACCAUCCCCUCCAUCCCCGACCAACCCGCUGCCUCGCUCCCUCUCACCAUCCACCACCCCAGCCGGCGACCCCCCUGCCUCCCCCCUUGCCCUCCCGCCCCUCCCGCCAAACUGCCCUGAUAUUGUCAUUCUGGGGUCGGGACUAUGGCACAUGCUAUGGGUGACUGACCCUUCGCACUUUGCAGCAGAGCUUGCCACUCUUAGAUCGACCGUGCUGCGCCUGCUGGCCUCCCCCCGCUGCUCGCCCUUUCCACGGGAAACUGGAGGGGAAGUUAGGGGAGUGAGUGGUGCGAGUAAGUGGGGUGAUGGUGUGGGUGAGGGGGAAGGAGAAGGUGUUGAGGAUAUGGCUGCUGCUGUGGUGGAGGGAAUGAGGAGAGCUGCUGCUAGGGAGGGGAGUGAGGGAGGUGGGGAGGAGGAAGAGGAGGAGGUGGGAAAGGUGAAGGAUGAAGAGGAGGGGGGGGAAGGGCAAGAGGAGGAGGAGGAGGGAGGUGGAGAUGAGGGUGUUGGUGUGAAAAGGAGGAAGGGGCUGGAGAGAUGGGGUGGGAGGAGCGGAAAGGGGAGUGGGGGGAGAAGACGCAGGGAUGUUCAGAGACGGCUAGCAGCAAGACGGAGGGUACAGGAGGUGGUUGCAGGGGGUGCAGAGGGUGCAGAGGGUGCAGAGGGUGCGGAGGGAGCAGGGGAUGCGGAGGGUGGUAAGUUGGAGGAGGUAGAGGAAAGGCUGGAUGGGGGUUUGAGCGAGAGUGAGUUUGGGGAGGAGACGGAUCCGAGCUUGGGUGCAGGAGAGGAUGAGCAAGAGAAUGAGAGUGAGGAGGUGAAGGGAGGGGAGAGCAGAGCGCAAGGGUUUGUGGUUGGGGAGGGCAAUGAGGAGGGGUUUGAUUCAGAGGAGUUAAAAGAGGAUGAGGGGAAAGGCGAGGAGGGGUGGAGGGGAGGGGGGAGUGGGAGGGAGAAGCAAGGCGAAGGUGAGGGGGUGGGGGUGGGGGGGGAGAAUGAGAAGAUAGAGGUUGAGGUGGUGGAGAUGGAAGAGGGGGUGGGGUUAGAGGAGGAGGACGAGAAGGAAAUAGAAGGGAAGGUCGCUGGACCACCAGCCACAGAAGAGGGGAAAAAGGUGACAGGAGGUGAAGGGUCAGAUGAAGGAGAGUUGGACGAUUUGGGAGGAGAUAAAGGGGAGGAGGGCGAGGCAGAGGUGAGGGAAGAGGGACAAGUGAAGAGACAAGGAAAGGGACAGGGGAAAAAAGAGAAGGAGCAAGGGGAGGAGCAGGGCGAGGAACAAUGGGAGCAAGAAGCAGGGGAGGAUCAAGUAGAGGAGGUCCAGGAGGAGACAGAGGGAAGGGCCGAGGAGAGCGCGAGUGAAAUUGAGAGUGGAAGGGAGAGUGACAGUGUGAAUGAGGGUGAUAGUGAGAGUGAGGGUGAGAGUGUGAGCAAGGGGGAGGAGGAGGAGGUAGUGCGGGGAGCGCCAGCCAUGCAGCCGCUGUUCUUCUGGCUGGGCUUGCCUGAGUUGAUUCAGGCGCGGCUCAACACCGAGAGGAAGCGCGAGAAGAUGUCCCCUCGCAUGGUGAACCGCUACGACGCAGUGGUGCGGUGGAGCGGCCUGCUGCUUGUACAGGAGGCGGGGAGGGCUUUUGAGUCGGCUCAAACUCCAUCUCGAGAUGAUGGGGGGGUGCGAGGGGGUGGCUUGCCGGUGGAGGGGAAGCGCGGGAUGGUGGAGGGGAAGCGCGGGACGGUGGAGGGGAGUGAGGAGGGAGAAGAGGCAGAGAAUGAGGAGGGCGGGAGGAGCAGCAGGGUGGGGGGAGAUGAGCCAAGGAGUGGAAGAAGAGAGGGCGGAAAUAGGAAAGGAGGGGAGGCUCAGGCGAUGUUGCACAAGGGCCAUGGGGGUGAGGUAGGGCCUUGCUUGCUGCUGCCGCUGAGGGAGCUCAGUAGGGGGUGUGGAGCGACAUGCACUCCAGACGGGAUGCAUUACAAUGAUGAUACCUAUGCUGCUGCCGUGCAGAUUAUGCUCAACCAUGCCGCUCACCUGCUGUAACUGGUGGUCUGUAACACGUGGCCAGCAGGGCUGACGUUUCAAAAAAAGGCACUCUGAGCUAACCCCCCCAAAAAAAAAAUUAGUCUGAAAGGUCUUCAGCCAGAAAUUAGGGACUCUGAAAUGUCAGAGUGCGGAGAUGAGCAAGUCUGAAAUCCUCAGGAUCGCGAAAGUACAUUCAGGGUAACUACUAUCAAACAUCUGUAUAUGUCAUGUUUGUAUAGACUGUAUAGGGUUACCUCUUAGAGGGUACAACACAGGUAUAUUUGUGUGUA